AUGGUGCUAAAAGCCAAAGAGGAGCUGGAGCAGGAGCUACUGGAAAAAGAGGAACAAAAGGCCAGAUAUCUGGAUGAAAAGGCUCCUCCCAUACAAACCAACAGCAUGUCCCUGCAGGAACUCAAGGCCCUGUGUGAAGAGCUGCACACCAAAAUUGAUGUAGUAGACGAGGAGCGGUAUGACAUUGAAGCCAAGGUUUUGCACAACACCAGAGAGAUCAAAGACCUGAAUAUCAAGGUGCUGGACCUGCGAGGGAAGUUUAAGAGGCCAAACCUGAGGAGAGUGAGGGUCUCAGCUGAUGCCAUUUUGCGCUCCUUACUGGGGUCGAAACACAAAGUCUCCUUGGAUCUCCGAGCAAAUCUGAAAUCUGUAAAGAAAGAAGACACAGAGAAGGAGAAAACUGUGGAGGUUAGCGACUGGAGGAAGAAUGUGGAGGCCAUGUCUGGCAUGGAGGGCCGCAAGAAGAUGUUUGAUGCAGCAAAGGGAGCCAACCAAUAAAGAUGUUUUU